AUGUCUGCGUCUCGAUGAUUAUUAAUAAAUAACCGCGGCGUUUCAAUAACGGUCGCCUAAUUCGUAACGCGCGUGUUUCGCGGCACGCGCGUCGUUUUCUUUUCGCAGCCCGAUUCUGAGACUGACGGAGUACCACUGGGACGAGUACCUAGACGGCACCUUGGUGCCGGUGUGCCGGACCGAUGCGACCACCCUGUGGCCCGUGCUGUUCUUCUUAGGCACCAUAUCGAUGUUCUUCGUGCUGCCGCUGGCCGUGCUGUCCAUACUGUACGUGAUCAUCGCCCGGCACUUGAUGGCCAACCCCGGUAUAGUCGCGCCCAACACGAACCGGGCGGCGUUGCGGUACCGCAGGCAGGUGGUGCUCAUGCUGGGCACGGUCGUCGUGUCGUUCUUCCUGUGCCUGUUACCGUUCCGGGCGCUUACACUGUGUAUCAUACUGGCCCCGCCCGAAUACAACAUCAUGGAGAUAAUGGGCAUCGAGAACUUUUACCUGCUGUUGUUCUUCUGCCGGAUAAUGCUCUACAUAAACUCGGCCCUCAAUCCCAUUCUGUACAACCUCAUGUCGUCCAAGUUCCGGGACGGAUUCCGCCGGUUGUGUGGCCUACACCGGAGUCCGUGGGCUGAUCGAUACCUGGGCCGCAAGGGCACCGUAACCACGACAUCGGCUCACACGGGUGGUGGCGGUACCAUCACGUCCGGUACGACCGCUUCGUCGAGCCUCAAGGGCGAGACGGGCGGCAACGAACAGGCGGCCAACAUGUACACCAGGAUGAAACGAAAUGGCGUAACGGUGCAGACUUCGUGUGCUGCAAACGACCGCAACCGGGGCCCUAUCGUCAGGCGGCUGACUACGGCAACGGCUGCGAGCAUCCUUAAACUCCAACGGCCGCCACACGAGAGUUACGUUUGA